AUGUUUCCGGGUGCAGGACGUCCAACGUUUCAUGGCCAGGAGCUACAGCAGCAGCAACAGCAGUAUCCAGGAUAUAAUGAGUACUCCAGACCUGGUUAUCCUUCGUGGCCGCAGUCCAGCGGGAGUGAAUAUUCAAGGCCUCCGGUGCCCCCUCCAGGCUACGAUGGAGGGUACAAUGUACGUGGGGAUGGGAUGGUGCAAGGGUAUGCACACCCUCAGCAGAUGGUGUCACCUCCUCAAAACGUGCAGUAUAUGGAUCCUGCUCACCACCAGGUUGCAUAUCAGUACUCCCAAUGUACUGGUAGACGUAAAGCGCUGUUAAUCGGAAUCAAUUAUUUCGGUUCAAGCGGCGAAUUGCGUGGGUGUAUUAACGAUACGAAGAAUAUCUUGGAGUUUCUCACGACUCGUCAUGGUUAUAAAGAAGAGGACGUUGUUGUUUUGAAUGAUGACCAACGGGAUCCAGUGCGUAUUCCCACCAGAGCUAACAUACUAAGGGCGAUGCAGUGGCUGGUAAAGGAUGCGCAGCCCAAUGAUGCGUUAUUUCUGCAUUAUUCAGGGCACGGUGGACAAACGGAGGAUUUGGAUGGCGAUGAAGAAGACGGGAUGGAUGACGUUAUUUAUCCGGUUGAUUUUGAAGUUGCUGGACAUAUUGUUGACGAUGAGCUACAUGAUAUCCUGGUCAAACCAUUGCAGCCUGGGGUACGUUUGACGGCCCUCUUUGAUUCUUGCCACUCAGGUACCGUUUUGGAUCUUCCAUACACGUAUUCAACUAAGGGUGUAAUUAAGGAACCUAAUGUUUGGAAAGAUAUCGGCAACGACGGCCUGCAGGCUGCAAUGGCUUAUGUUAGUGGUAAUAGUAUGAACAUGUUCUCAUCUCUGAAAUCAUUGGCGUCUACUAUUGGCCGGAAAGCUACUGGCUCUGCAGAUGUCGAUACAGAGCGUGUGAGGCAGAUCAAGUUCUCACCUGCAGAUGUCAUCAUGUUUAGUGGUUCUAAAGACAAUCAGACAUCCGCAGAUACAGUUGAAGGUGGUAUGGCAACAGGUGCAAUGUCAUACGCUUUCGUCCAGGUGUUAACCCAACAACCUCAACAAUCGUACUUGAGUUUACUACAGAAUAUGAGACAGGAGUUGCAAUCCAAGUAUUCUCAAAAGCCACAAUUGUCCUCAUCUCACCCAAUUGAUGUAAACUUGCAGUUUAUUUUGUGA